AUGUCGGCUUACGGAAGUGACCUCGUCUGGGAUUCGGAGCUAUCGAAUCUCUACGACGCUUCUCGUUCUUACCACCAACAAGACUCUCUGAAGCUAUGGGGGCAUCUCUUGAAGAAAUGCGGAUUUUGUAUUUGGACCGACCGGAACGCGGAUGCCAACGCGGCCACAGUCUUCUGCGUCGCUGCAUCGAGUAACUCUUCAAAAGACGUUGGAGAGGCGAAAGACUUUUUGAUUGAUGAAGUCAAUCUGCGCUGGACACCCAGGUCCAGCACCGAGGCUUCCUGGGGCCUGAAAGUGUCUGGUCCUUGCGCCAGGAUCUGGCUCUGCAUGAAGGCACAAAGCAAACCGCUCUUGCCGAUAUUUCCUCGGGGUCAACGCCGUUACGUUAAAAGCUCUUACUUUGACCUGGCCGCACACUUGGCCGAGUUCAGAUUUAUGUUCAGCAAGAUGAGGGAGUGUCCGCGCCCGGACGUGGACUUUGUUCUGGACGUGGAGCGCGGCAGGAAGAUGGACCUCCUGGUAGAUUUCAUGUCAUCCACAUACGUCUGCGACCUUGAACCACCGUCAGGAGAGUCUCUUGUGUGCCGGAUGGGCGAUCAGAAGACAAUUCUGCCGUGCCGCGAGUGGCAGCCGGCCUUUGUCAAUAUGAGGCCUGAGAAAGGUGGGACGCUGGACCGCUGCUACCAGCGCUACUACCAGGAAGAGGACAGCAGUUGGACGUGCUUUUGGACCACGGAGCUGCCGCCAGGGUUCUACUGA